UUUGCUGCAAGUCGUUUCUCCACCCAUGGGAUCAAGCGCUGAGAAUUUGCUGUUAUGUAGAGAUUCCUCAGUCUUUAGACCAUCAUGUCCUGUUAUGAGAUGGACGUACCAGGAAGCAAGUCCGUCGAUAAUCUUGGGCUCCGAUCGAACGUUCACCAUUCAAGUGCGGUCCCCGUCCAUCGGAAACUGCGCGGGAAGCAGGUAGAAGACAGCUGGGUCGUGAUUCGGGAUAUUACGGUGGACGGAACAGUCCAACCAUUGGUCGCGUCUCCUGCCGAGCUCUACCAUGACAGCUGGAGCCAGGCCACCACCUUGACACCGACGCCUUCUCCCCAUUGUCACCAAAGCGUCCUUGACUGGAACCUGGAUCGGAUGCGGACGUACGUGAGGAUGGUGCAAGAGAUCAUCCUUCCAAUAUAUCCCGUCGUCGCCCCCAGGGAGAUGGAUACGAAGGUUGCAACCUUUUUUUGUCAGCUAUCUGCAUCACACACAACGGCGGGACAGAAGAGAAAAAGUACAUCGGUAACGGAUGAACCACAUCCUUUUACUCCUGGUCCCAUGGGUUUCCCAACCGAGGCAAAUGCUCUUGUUCUCCUCGUUCUUUCUCUUGGCCAGUUGUUGUCUUAUAAGGGAGACAUCCCUAAAGAAGAUGAUGAUUACUUUACCCUUGCCAAGGAAACGGGUCACAUCGGUUGCUACUGUUUGGCGCAUACCGAUGCACACAAUAUCCAGCAAGGGCAUCUUACGUACGCCGCAUAUGGCAAAGAAAUAUGUCUUGCCUUCUGGGCAUGCCUGAAACUAGAGAGCGAUAUCACAGGCGGCUCACCCCUACCUCGAUCCGGGCUCUUUGAUUACGCAGCGCAAAUUCCGCACCCAGGAGAAGACUUUCUCAGGGAGAAAGGUUUUCCCGAAAGUUCUGUGCGUUGCUUCUCGGCUCAGCUGGAUCUCGAAAAGUUGGCCAACCGGGCCGCCAUUGUCGAAAGCAGAAGUGUUGCAAUGGAUGACUACUUACAGAAUGUUCAGGGUGUGCUGCAGGACUUCAGAAAUAUUAGUCCAGUGCUUCGAGAUCAUGGAUUGAAACGUGGAGAACCAGAGACACCAUUAGCACACAAUACCACCCGGUACUGGAGCUCGAAGGCUAGCCUUCUUCAGCCGUUUCUCAGGAUUUUCCUCGAAAAGGAAAAUCAUUAUGAUGCAAUUUCAGUGAAGACGAUGGGAGCAGAAGACUCUCUGGCUGUUCAGGCUCUUGAAGCUCUUGUCAACAGCAUAUGGGCAUACCACGCUAUCGAUAGCAGCAAACAGACCCUUAUAACGAGCUUUUUGGCCACAGCUCCCGCUCAACGUGUGAAUCUCUUGCUACUGGUUACUUGCUAUCGAGACCAGGUCCUCCGCAGCUUUAUCAGCCGUGAGAGAAUAAGCGCUCUCUUCACAAAAACAAUUGCUCUCUUCUAUUCUAUGCCCCAGCCAAGCGGUCAAUUGAUGGCUGACAUGAAUAUAAUUGUCAGCCAGGCAAGAGACUUGGGCUUCCUAGCAGAUCAUAUAUGA